UCAAGCUCCUUCCGUUUAUGCUGGCCUGCGCCAUCGUUAAGCCUUAUAGAAAUUCCCAACUUCCAUCUACAGCUUAAACCCAUCGCAGUUAUGCUACCCAAUGCCUAUUUUCGGUCAUCUCUACAAGGUCUAUACAUUUCCCACCGGCACCAACGACAUCACCAAAUACUGAAUAGUGAAACGGUAUAAGCCAAAUUAAUAAUAUGCAAACAUAUGCCCUGGUAGUUAUACACAUUGGCAUAGGAUUAUCGUCAAUCAUUGAUCUGAUCAUAACUUCUCAUUGGUCGUACAGGCGAGUAGGUUCUAUUUUGGUGAUGAUGCCGAGCCAGAUGGAAUAUCUUCCAAGUGGAUGUAGUGUGAUGCUAGGAGGCUCAAAGACAAACACGAAGUGACCUGACUAUUCGACAUGUAUAAUAUAUAAAGGUCACACAUCGUCCUCCCUUACCUUCAACACAAUCAACAACCAACAGCCGACACUCAAAGGCAUCUUUCAAUCGUUUCUUAUUUAUUUAUCACAUUCAUUUCGAAAAAGGUCUUCACAAUGAAGCCAGUUGCAUUCCUUACCGCCGCUCUUUUCUUCUCCCUCGGGAGCUCUCUAGUCGUCCCAGUCGAGGACAUCGUCGAGAUUGGUAAUCUAGAAGACUCCAUCGACAUCCGCGAGAUCGAGGGAAUACUCGAGGACCGAUCCCUCGAGGACCGCGCCGUCCGUCCCAAGUUCACCUACCGCGGCUUCCCCCGCAGCGCCACCUGCGCCAAGCACACCUACAACACCGCGCGCAUGCACGACGCCGGCGAGCAGGCCGGCAAGCUCGAGACCCGCAACAAGAAGAUCGGCAACGGGAAGUACCCCCACGUCUUCCACAACCGCGGCAAGGAGAUCAAGAACUUCGAGAGCAAGUGCAAGGGCCCGCUCUACGAGUUCCCCAUCCUCCAGAACAACAAGGUCUACGUCGGCGCCCGCCCCGACGACCCAGGCCCAGACCGUGUCGUCGUCAACGUCUCCGCGAUGAACAAGAAGACCGGCAAGGUCGAUGUGACCUUCUGCGGCUUGAUGACCCACACCGGCGCCAAGAACAGGAGCUCCUUCGUCCAGUGCCACUGGAAAUAAGCGAGGCGCUGAUCUCGAGGCAUUGGGUCUCGAACUUGUUGAAUAGAGGGGAGGGAGAGUUAAGGGGUGGCUUGCGGGUUCAGGCAUCUAUCUUGUCAGGGAAAAUGCAUAUAUGACGGCUUAUCAGCGAUAGAAUUUACAUAACCCGGGUGGUUGAUUCAGUAGCCCAGGCGGUCUUAUGGCCCAGGUGGUUUAGAAAUCCCGGUGGUGAUUACCACGCGGGAGCCUUUAGCAUGUAUAAAUGGAGAGGGUUCGGUCGCAUGUAGCUUAGCAUAGGGACAGGCGUUUAUAGAUUUACUCUUCUG